AUGCUGAAUGGAACAAUUCCAGGGAACAUAGGCAAAUUAUCUAAACUGAAGGAACUUGAUCUCUCUUUAAACUCUUUGAUGGGUGCUUUAAUUGAAUCUCAUUUUACUGAUCUAGUAAACUUGGAAUAUAUGGACUUCUCCUACAACUCAUUAUUUGAAGGUUCUUUACUUGAGCUUGAUCCCACUAAUUUUCUUGGUAUCUAUCUCAACAACAACUCAUUCUCUGGGUCCAAUGGCAUUCAUGUUGUCUCUUUAUCUGAUAAUCAUAUCAGUGGCAACAUUCCAUCAUUCAUUUGCAACCUUACUACCAUGGAAUUAUUUGAUGUAUCUAAUAAUAAUAUGUCUGGGACACUUCCCAACUGUUGGAAUUCAGGAUUAGCAUUACAUAUUAUUCAUUUAUCAGACAAUAAUUUAACUGGUAAAAUUCUUGAUGCCCUUGUGUCUUUCACCAAUCUCCAAUCCUUUGUCCACUUUGAACUUCUUGGACUAUCUGAAUGUAUCACACAACAAUUUGUCUGGAAAAUUCCAACGGGCACCCAACUUCAGCCUUUUGAUCCAUCACUCUAUAAAUGGAAUCAUGGUCUCUACGGACUAUCUCUUCUGAAUUGUGCUAAUAAGACAAAUCCUCCAGUUGAAAAUGAGGAAGAAGGAAAAGGAGAUUGUGUUGGUGGGAAUGGUUCUUUGAGGAAUAGAGAAGAAGAGAUAAGAAAGAAAAUUGUGCACAAGUCUUCAAGGCAUGGGAAACACUUUUCCUUUAGGAUUAAUUCACCUCCACCUAAUUUCAAACCUUGGAUGCAAAAUGGAUUGAAAGCCAAUGCUAUAAACUCAGAUGCCAUGGUGGAAGCUGCAAUACAUGUCUGCUUCUUUGAUACUCAGGAAAUAGCACCCCCACCAAGUGUGUAG